GGUGAGCGCGAGGAGGAUCGAUCACACGCUCUCGUCGCGUCGGUUUUGCCAGAGGGGACUGUUCACAACACAGCUUUUGUGUAUCCGAUCAGUUUACAAAGAACAUUCGUACGUGUCGGUAGCGAGUUUUGUACUUAUCCGCGAUUCAUCCCGGAACCGCGCGUCCGGUCGCGUUCAAUUUGUAAAAAGAUUUCCCAGGAUCUAGCGAAUUGGUUGUGAGCUUUAUUGUGUGGCUCGUAUUGUAUUGGAAGGCGAAGAUUUCCGAUAAGCUGUUAGAAGAAAAUUGAUUUCCAUCGUUUCUUCGCAGCAUCAUCAUCACCGCAUUGCCAUCAUCGUCGUCGUCGUCGUCAUCUUCCAAACGAUCACGCAGCAGAGUGGAAUAAACCACCACCAGCAGCAAUAGCAUCAUCGGGCGCCGUCGUUGGAUCGAAAAAGUUGUAUACAACCACAACAUUAACAUCGACUACAACAUCAACAACAACAAUAACAACAACAUCACUGUAAAAUAACUAAGCGAAAAAGUUGAUUAAAUAAUAGGCUCGCUUUUGCGACUGUGUUGUGUCUAGUUCGGUGAAGUAACCGCGCAACUUAGUGGGAAGUAAUUGGCGAACAACAGAGGGAGCCUCGUCUUGGAAAACAGAAACAGCGUAGAAACGUCAUUAAAGUCAGCCUCACCGACGUCCGCAGAAUCAACUUGCAUCAGAUUCGGUUGAUACCGUGGAGAACUUUAUAAGAAAAGCUGGCAUAUAAGACUGUAAUAAAUUAGAGAGUUCCCACCAUAGCCGACCUUCCCUUACGAUGAAGGGUUGGUUCGAUGCAUUCCGAGACGAUGGGGCUCCCACUCUGUACUCGUUCUCAAACCGAACCCCAGUUACCGGCGAUGUGUCGAUUGUGGCCGUCUGCGUCUUAUUUGCCACUAUCUAUCUGGCAUUUCUGGUCAUCUUCCCCGGUGUUCGAAAGCAGAAAUUCACUACCUUUACCACAGUAACGCUUAGCUUAUUCGUAGGACUAGUCAUUUUAGUAAGCCGCCUCGGUUCAGGCUGGCAUGUGGCCCAAUCGACCAUCGUCGCGCCGUACAAGGCGUUUUCGCGAGAGAAGCUUCCGGCCCGACUCGGCGCCCACAUUGGACUGAUGCACAUCAACAUCACGUUGGCGGCACUUCCGGUCGGCAAUUGGUCCACUCCGGACAUUGACUUCAACGAACGAUUUAGCUGGAAUCAAGCUAAUGAUAUGGGCAACUCGUACAAGAACGCACUGCAGCGUGGCUUGCCAUAUCCCAUUCUGACCGUGGCGGAAUAUUUCAGCCUGGGACAGGAAGGUUUCGCUUGGGGAGGACAAUACCGAGCCGCAGGCUACUACGCUAGUAUUCUACUGUGGGCAUCGUUCGCCUCGUGGUUGUUGAUGAAUCUGCUGCUGGUGGCAGUUCCUCGCUAUGGAGCAUAUACCAUGGCUUUCACCGGAGCCCUGUUGAUUGGGGCCAGCAUUGGCUACAGUCAGAUGCUACCGAAACGACCGCUGACGAUCUUCAUCGAGGGGGGCCGCAUCAGUUUCCGGCUGGGCUGGUGCUUUUGGCUUGUGCUCGUUGCAGGCAUUCUCUGCUUAUCGGUGGGACUGAUCAUAUCCAUUAUUGACCUGGUAUGGCCACAUCGCUUCUCGACGAUUCUAGAGGUCUAUUACGACACUCCCUACGACAGACACGUGAUAUUGGAAGAAUCUCACGAUGUCCGAUACCGCAAACGUAAUAGCAAAGGUCUAGAGGAUCCUCCUGGGCUCGGAUCGCGAAUCCUACGUCGCUUAUCAUCGAAAACACGAGAACAAUCGAAUGAUAAGGUGGGUGUCGAGAACCGUGGCUUCCAGCAGGAUGUUCCCAAGUCGCCUUGGCGCUAUCCAUUCCGUCGUGCUCAACAGACGCCACCGCAAGGAAUUCAGCGUACUAUUUCGCAAGAUUCCAACUCCAGUAUCGCAUCCGCAGCUGCCAUGUCUCAAUCGCUGCAUAAAGUUGCACUCUCCAGAAUGCUGCCCAAACCACCCCUGGAGCGUACCCGCGAAAUUUCCAAUUGGUAGACGAGGGCAGCCACUCACAUCAACCAUAAAAAUCGGUUUAGAACCGGAAGCCAAUCCUCACAUAAAAAAAUAAGAAACACACGUGUGCAAAUUUGCGUGAUGAAUCUCUUGUGAUAUUAAAUCGUAAAACACCGAAUUGACAAAACAAUUGCAAGGCCUUGUUCAAAUGCGACUUACCUUAAGUAUAGGACGAAACAAUUUUAGCUUAGGACAUAUGGAAAAUGGCUUCGUAUGGAGCAUAUUUUAACUGAACGUCUAGCCUUAUAGUAGCAAUAGUAGUAUUCUAGGAAUUAUUCAUCAAUUGCUUAGAAUUAAGACUGGCCAAUUCGCAUAAACAUAAACCAUAUUCAUAACAGAUAUCAGCAUCGAUUGCAAGACUACCAUGAGAGAGUAUCAUGUCCUUUUAAGUUAUUUAUUAAUUUGAUUGUGUAGGGAAUUUUACGAGUAUGUAGGUUGAAUUUUAAUUUACCGGAACCAGUGACAAAGAGGUGUUAUUUGCAGAUUUGAGUAUUAUUAAAAAUGUGUCAUUGAUGAAGAAGAAGAUUGUAAUGGUAGGCGAAUCGUGAACAAAUAAAAUUGAUUGUAACGUA